AAAAUAUUUCUUUAUCAAGCGCAGUGUGAGUUGGAUGGUCAGGAGAAUCACGUCGCGUAUGAGCAAACUCGUAUCGCAAUGGAUCGCUGGGUAGGAAAGGUAGCUGUAGUGACCGGUACCAGUUCGGGCAUCGGUGCCGCCAUUGCCAAGGAUUUGGCCAAGGCUGGCAUGGUUGUUGUAGGGUUGGCACGACGGGUGGAGCGUACCGAGGCGUUGAAGGAGGAGUUGCCGGAAUCGGCAAGAGAUCGACUGCACGCGGUCAAGUGCGAUGUGUCCAAGGAGGAGGAAAUACUGAAGAGCUUCAAGUGGGUCGAGGAGAAGUUUGGAGGAGUUGACGUGAUGAUCAACAAUGCCGGAAUCGGUCGCCAGACGGAUCUUCUCGAUGUGGGGAAUACUGAAAUGCUGCGGGAAGUGCUGGACACGAAUGUGAUGGGACUGGUGCUGUGCAGUCGGGAGGCUUAUCAAUCGAUGAAAAAGCGUUCGGUCGAUGGUCACAUCAUUCAUAUCAACAGCGUUGCUGGACACAAGGUGAUCAAUUUCCCUAAGAUGAAUAUUUAUACGGGUUCGAAGUAUGCCGUGACGGCCAUCACGGAAACGAUGAUGAACGAGCUGAGGAACGCCGGGAUGAAGAUCAAGGUUACGAGCAUCAGUCCCGGAGCUGUUAAAACGGAAAUCAUCCCGGAAGCCAUGCGCAACGCGAAAUUCCCCAUGCUGGAAGCCGAGGACAUUUCGGAAGCUGUACUGUACUCCCUUGGAACACCUCCACGAGUUCAGAUCCAAGAACUGACGAUUAGACCGGUUGGGGAAACUUUUUAGGCAUUUCUCCUAUGCAUAAAGUGUUAGUUUAGUAAUAAUUGUUCCACAUUAUCCGCAGUCACAUCCAGCUUUAGCUAUGGCGAUAUCGGAACGAUGUACGGAGUGUUCAAUCCGACCGCAAAGAUUCAAAUCCGUUCCAAUGGACGAUGCAUAAGCAGGGUACGAAAAACGGAUAACGCCGAAAAACAAACGCUUUGUUCUAAGCGGUGCAUGUUGGUAACAAAGGCGCUCCGCAACAAACGCAUGUCAGGCGAUGGGAGCAAUAAAACAAACAUCGCAUGCCGUGCGUGUGCUGAUAUUCCGGCUUUUCUGCUGAAAUUUUCGACCCACAUUAUCGAAUUCAUUAGCAAUUGGACAAAAUAAGACUCUUGCAAACCUCA